UGAAGAAGAGAUUGAACAAUGAUUUGUCUGAAAUCAUGAUUUCCUGCCUGAGAAGAGAGUUGGACUAGAAGACCUCCAAGGUGCCUUCCAAUUCUGAUUUUCUGUUAUGUUUUCUAAACAGAAGGAUUAAUAAGCUCCUCCUUUUAUUCUUAUGGGCUUUCCCCCCCAUUUGAAAUUAGGGCAGAUGCUUUGCUAAAAUAAUUAACUGGCAGACAUUCUUAUUGCAAUGUUUCAAAGGAAGUAAUUUAGAUUACAACACAUUCUAAUCAGACUACAAUAUAAUCUAGGCUAACUAAGCAACUGAACUAAUCAUAAUCUUCAUUUUUUUCUUUCCUCUUUUUCAAUUUUAUGUACUUUUUGAUUCAUGUACAUUAGACUUUGUAGGCCCAAAGGGACGGAUUCUGGAAACAUUUUUACAUUAAGAACAAAGUAAUCUGCACUGAUUAAAUAAGUAAAAUAUAUAAUAUAAUCUUGGGCUAGAGGCAAGAAGGGAACUAAUGAAGUUUAAUCUUAGUAUAACUAAGUUUGGAUCCAUUCUUAAGCAUAGAAAAACAAGGAUAGCAGAAUAUUAGAUAACCAUUUUUAUAGCCAUAAGGUGGCGCUGGUAGCGUUUGACAAAAGUCCUUAAGACACAGAAAUGAAAAUCAAAUUCCAAGAACCUAUGUUGACAGAGCUUGCUUCCUCAAUCUAUCAGUUUGUAGAACGACUGUGCAUGAAGCAGAGGUUUUGUUUGCACCUUUUCCCAAAUGAAUCUUAAUCUGAAAUCUUGUUUGAUUUGUAAUAUUGUUCAGCAUAUUUCUAAAUAGUAAAUCUUGUAUGCAGAUGCUGUACUGCCCAGAGUUUUGCACUUGUAUAUUUCAAAGAAAUCCUGCCAUUCAAGAGGAUAAGAUUCAGGCGCAAAAGAUGAUAAUCAAGCUCCAGCAUCAACCCUGCAUUUGAAGCAUUGGUCUUAAGACACGGGUCCCCAACCCCUGGUCCAUGGCUCGGUACCGGGCCACGGCAUGCCAGCAACCAGGCCUCACAAGCAAGCACAGCCUCAUCCGUAGGAUGCAGGCAGCACACAAAACCACACCCCCUCGACUUCCGGUGGCGACUGCUGCGCCGAUGAAAAGCCGCCUACUCUGGGAUUGUGUGAAAGCACAUGGAGAUGGCGAAUAUCAGCUGUUCGGCGGCUUGAAACCUCUCUCCUUGGGAGAAGAGGAGGAGGAGAGUUUUCCACGGGUAGAGGUUGAGCUCCCCUGGACCUCCUUAAUUAUUUGGAGGUUGGAGGGUGAGAGCUCCCUCGGAGCCCGAGGUUUUUCUCCACAUUCAGGACGCCUUUGUCCUGAGUUUCAGGAACAAAGCAAAACGCCGCUUCCAUAUCUGCAUCUUAAAGAGACUUGUGAGUAAAUUAAAAGCAGACGGAGCUGACCAGGAGAGAUUAGAAUUGUCAAUGCUUGGGACUUUAACUCAGGAAAAGAGUUAAAAGAAUCUUCUUCACCUUUCAAUUUCACUAAAAGCAAGAGGAGAAAAAUGGCGCUGGAGUGUGGUUUCUUUGAUUGAAAGGACAGUGUUAAGAAAGACUUAUAUUCAGCAACAAAGUUUAAAUAUGUAACAGGUUUUGGCUAUCUAUUUAAAAAGCAAGAAUCCUUCUUUUCUUUUCUCUUUUUUGGAAUUAGCCUUCUCUUUCCCUUUUUUUUCUUUUUUCCCCUUUUUUUGUAAUUGCUGAUUUUAUAAGAAGUGGUUUUAAAUAGAUAGAAAAUGGCUUCAAAGCAUCUCGGAAUCCCUGUUGUCCCUAAAGGUUCAAUUUCCUCUCUGGUAACUCAGACUGUGUUGCAAACUAAGCCUAAGUCACCCCCACCGUCUCCUCCACCACCGGCAUUUACACUUAAAGAUAUACAAGAUGCUUUGAAAAAAACAGCGCAAGAGAUUAAAGAAGAGGUGGCAGAGCUUCUUGAGAAUAAAAACAGGGAAAUGAGGGAAGACAUAGGGCUUGCAUUUCAAUGGCUAGCCGCCCAUAUUGAACGUAUAGAUGACAGAAUGGAUGAAGUUGUGGAAAAUACUGCGAGACUAGAAAACAGACUUCGUAAAGUUGAAGAUAAGAUUGAUACAACACAGGAUGAAGUUACCAUAUCACAAUAUAGAGACAUGGAAUUUGCUUUGCGAAUAAGAGGAUUGAAGGAGAAUCCGCGAGAGGAUCUGAGAGAGGAGGUGGCAAGAGAUAUUGCUCCUAUUUUGGGAUGUGAACUUGAGGAAAUAUUGAGAGAGAUAGACAAAAUAUUUAGAGUCAAUUCAUGGAUUGCGAGGCAGAGAAAUUUACCUAGAGACGUGGUAAUUUAUUUCUCUAGUUCACUUCGUAAUGAAAUUAUACAGGCUUUUAUAAGCAGAGAUUUCAAAUUGCAGCCCAAAAUGUUAUAAUCUUAAAAGAAAU